CACAGCCAACGGCUGCCGCUCCGACGCCGUCGGCUCCCACGCCGCAUGUUCUGGCAGCGGCAGCAGCGAAGGGAACGGUCGCGACUACAGCGCUGACCCCAUGGGCCCCUCCGCGGAGCAGUUCAACUUGCUUGCCGAACAGUUCGAGAGGGCAGAGGGCAAGGGCAAGCAGGAUUCCAAGCACCAGCCGAUGGGGGGCGAAA